AUGGAUUUAUCUGGUCAUGCAAUGUGUUACUUCGGUUUGAUAUUCAAUUAUUCACGGUGGACAGUUAUAGUACCGAUCAUUCCUACUCGCGAGGGCUUCUCUUCUCUUAUUCAAAAGACUGAAGUUAACCGUGCCUUACAUGGGUAUUAUGUUGUUCAUGGGCCCCCCUCUAUUACUCAUAUGCUAUUCGCCGAUGACAACUAUCUCUUUUGUCAAGGCACUACUGGGGCUGCUUCUAGUGUGGUUAAUUUGCUUCGGGUGUCUGAAGGUGCUUCAGGUCAAAAGAUAAUUAUUGCCAAGUCAAAUGUCUUUUCCAGUCCUAAUACUGAGAACUCCCUUCGCCAAAGCAUAUGCAAAGAAAUUCUAUUAAAGACUAUCAUCCAAUCUCUGCCUACUUAUGCCAUGAGUGUCUUUCUUCUUAUUAUUGGAACUUGUCAUGAGAUCGAGGAAGCUAUGGCUCGUUUCUGGUGGAAGCCAAACUCGAGCAAAGGUAAAGGCUCCUCAACAAGCAUUUUGAACCAUCCAUGGCUUCCAGAUAGAGCCAAUCGUUUUGUGACUACGGUGCACCCUAGUUUGCUUAAUCAAAAUGUUUGUUCUCUUCUUAGCACCGAGAGUCGAAGUUGGGAUAGGGAUUUGGUUUUUGACAUGUUCAAUGCCCGCGAUGCUAAUUUAAUCCUUGGAAUCCCUUUAAGUUUGAAUGUUGUUGACGAGUGUUGA